AUGGCGAACAAAGGUUAUAAGUUGGUUACCAUUGGUAUUCGUCGUUUCUUUGCCUGUCCCGUGUACUCGGAAUCGGGAGGCAAUCCUAAACAGAAGGCACGAAUGGAGCGCUUCUUUUCGGCUACUAGUCAGGCAACUGUAGCCAGCAUCUACGCGCCUGUUAUGUACGCUCCCCAACACGUUCUCCAGUUUCGAAUUCGCGUUAACGAGGACGAUGAUGAUGAAGAAACUAUAAACCAGCCCUAUCUAGGUGAGCUAGUAGCUACUGGCUCUCUGCUCACAGUGGAUCCAUCCCGUCCUAUCAUCAAGCGCAUUCUUCUCUCAGGGCAUCCCUUUAAAAUCAACAAGCGGAGUGUCGUAACAAGAUUCAUGUUCUUCUUCCCCGAAGACGUUAAUUAUUUCAAGCCUAUAAAGUUAUUUACAAAAUGGGGCGCCAUCGGUCAUAUCAGACAGUCUUUGGGCACCCACGGAUAUAUGAAAUGCCAAUUUGAUCGAACCAUAAAAUCGUCCGACGUCGUGCUUAUGCCGCUUUAUAAGCGUAUCUUUCCCAAGUGGACCUAUGAGCCCUGCGUUGCCGAUACCCUUGCCCUUCCUCGCGAUCUUUCUCUACCCUCCAACAUGCUUGAGGCAGCCACUCGUUUCAUCAACACAAACAAGCUGGCUCUAAGAAAUGUGGUUGAUAAAUCUCAACUAGAACAAGGUCUGGUGUUCCGACCGCGACGGCAAGACAUUGAGAUAGGCCAGAAGAGGAUGAACGAGGGAUGUGAACUAGAUGAAGAUGAAACAGCAGCCUUGUUCUCUUGA